GGGAUGCACGAGCUGACCCAGCACAAGGUUGCGGUGAAAAUCCUGAACCGCCAGAAGAUUCGCAGCCUCGAUGUUGUUGGGAAGAUCCGCCGGGAGAUCCAGAACCUCAAACUCUUCCGGCACCCACACAUCAUCAAGCUGUACCAGGUGAUCAGUACGCCGACAGAUAUUUUCAUGGUGAUGGAAUACGUGUCGGGUGGGGAGCUCUUUGACUACAUCUGUAAGAAUGGCAAGUUGGAUGAGAAGGAGAGCCGGCGUCUAUUCCAGCAGAUCAUCUCGGCAGUGGAUUACUGUCACCGGCACAUGGUGGUGCACCGGGACCUGAAACCGGAGAACGUGCUGCUCGAUGCCCAGAUGAAUGCCAAAAUCGCUGACUUCGGCCUCUCGAACAUGAUGUCAGACGGAGAGUUCCUGCGCACAAGCUGUGGCUCCCCUAACUACGCUGCCCCCGAGGUUAUUUCAGGAAGACUGUAUGCAGGGCCUGAGGUGGAUAUCUGGAGCUGUGGGGUCAUCCUGUACGCCCUGCUGUGUGGUACCCUCCCGUUCGAUGACGAUCACGUCCCCAUGCUGUUCAAGAAGAUCUGUGAUGGGAUCUUCUACACCCCGCAAUACCUCAACCCGUCUGUCAUCAGCCUCCUCAAACACAUGCUGCAGGUUGACCCCAUGAAACGGACCACCAUCAAGGAUAUCCGGGAGCACGGGUGGUUCAAGCAGGAUUUGCCCAAGUACCUGUUCCCGGAGGACCCAGCCUACAGCAGCAGCAUGAUCGAUGAUGAAGCUCUAAAGGAGGUGUGUGAGAAGUUUGAGUGCAGUGAGGAGGAGGUGCUGAACUGUCUGUACAGCCGUAACCACCAGGACCCACUGGCGGUGGCCUAUCACCUGAUCAUCGAUAACCGCCGCAUCAUGAAUGAGGCCAAAGAUUUCUACCUGGCCUCCAGCCCCCCCGACAGUGCCUCCUUCCUGGAUGACCAGCACUUUGUGGCCAGGGUCCACCCUGAGCGGGUCCCCUUCCUGGUGGCGGAGCCUGUGCCCAGGUCCAGGCACACGCUAGACGAGCUGAACCCCCAGAAAUCCAAACACCCCGGGGUGCGGCGGGCCAAGUGGCACCUGGGAAUCCGCAGCCAGAGCCGGCCCAACGACAUCAUGGCGGAGGUGUGCCGGGCCAUGAAACAGCUGGGCUACGAGUGGAAGGUGGUGAACCCCUAUUACCUGCGGGUGCGCCGGCUGAACCCCAGCUCGGGGACCUUCUCCAAGAUGAGUGUGCAGCUGUACCAGGUGGACAGCCGCACCUACCUGGUGGACUUCCGCAGCAUCGAAGCGGAUGAGGCGAAUGAGCCCAAGUCCGGCUGCACUACCCCUCGGCGUUCCGGAUCCAUCAGCAGCUACCACCGGAGUGGCUCCAGGACGGAGUCGGACACUGAUUGCCCCGGGAAGCUGGCUGAUGGUACCUCAUCGUGGUCAGGGAGCUCGGUGGAAUCUGGCCUCCCCUCGGAGGUGGGCCCGAGACCCGGCAGCCACAUUAUCGAAUUCUUCGAGAUGUGCGCAAACCUGAUCAAACUCCUGGCUCGGUAAUGGCCAACUCUGCCUCUGCAUUACCGUCCGAUCAACUCUGACCAGCAAUGCACAAAGCAACAUGGAGAAACACAUUCAUGCUUCAAAACAUCUUCCUGCAAACCUCUAGCUCCCCCUCGGCAGCACGCUACUAAUGGCAGUGUGGGUCAGCAGUCAGGCUGAGAGUUACUAAUGUGUCUCCUUCUCUCUCUCUCUCUCUCUCUCUCUGUAACUCGCGAGCUCUGUCUUUAGUUUGCUGUAGCUGUCUGUACGCUGAUGUGAAUCCAUUGCUUUGCUGCAUCUCUUACAAUAACAGAAGGAUGAGGAGUCACAGUGGGUCUCAGUGUUUGCCCUCCCUCUCCCCAGCCUCUGUGCCUCCUCCCUCUCCCCCCUCCCCAGCCUCUGUGCCUCCUCCCUCUCCCCCCUCCCCAGCCUCUGUGCCUCCUCCCUCUCCCCCCUCCCCAGCCUCUGUGCCUCCUCCCUCUCCCUGACUGUCACCCUCUGUGUGAGUCGUAAGCAGAGCAGCUGGGCAGGUUUGCCAGUGAGGUGGUGGGCCAGUGCAGCGUGAGGGGACACAGCCCAGUUCACAGCCCUGCAGAGCAGUGGGCCAUUCUGCAGCAUUCACUGGCGUGGCUCUGUCUGCUCUCUGUCAAUCUCAAACAGGAACGAUUCCUCCUGCGGAUAGUUGCACAGUUUCAAACUGCUCUGUUUGGGGAACGUUAGCUUAAGCUCUUUGGUGUUUCCGGUUUGAAGGUGGUUUCCUGGCAGGAACGUUGUGGAUUGGGUAUCCUGGGUUUGAGCUCAGUGCCUGUGGAGUGGGGAAGAGCUGCUGCCCAGGAGGAAGUGCUCUUUUCCAGGGUGUGGUUAAAUGGUAAUUACAAUUGCCCACGCUCCGGCUUUACCAGCUUCUCUCCAGAAUCGGUAUGGCAGCCCUUGUUUUCAGGGCUUUGCUGUGGAUGUUUCCUGAGAUUUCCCAGCCGCGCUGGAGAUGCCUGCCCUUCUGCUGUUCCGGUUAUGUGCGGGGCCCACUGGUUAGCACAGAGCGUUCUGUCAGAUUUCUGAUGUCGGUUUCAGGUGAACGCGAAAAGAUUGGGGUUCCUGCCCAGCUUCAGUUGGAUUAUACGCUGAGGGGUACAAACCAUCCCACACACGGUGAGGCACAGCACGACGCGGGGCACACAUACCUUCCCACUGAGUGGUAGCUUCUGAGCUGUCCAGGAGAGGGAUAAAGUAAAGCAGUGAAGGGAGACCGAAGGGACGGGGGGGAGGGUUAGCUUUGCUCUGUCUCUGCCCAGGGAGUGUUUGACAGCGGACAGUGUAGACGCAGCUCAGUAUAGGAGGGUAGCGAGAGGUUUACUGUGCUGGAGUUCCAUGAUGCUAAGGACAGAGUCAGGCUCAGUUCUGAACAGCCCUGCAGUUGGUGAACCUGCUGCUGAGUGCUGCCUCUGUGGGAAACAGCCCUUCAGGUUACGGUGGACGGAGACUUCCGGAAGGGGCUGGCAAGCAGCCGUGGGCAGUUCCGGGUUCCCCUCAGGCUAACUGGGUUUUGCCAACCCUCUGAGUGGCAGGAGCGCUCUCUCUCUCUCCCUCCCCCUCCCCCUCCGGCUGGUUGAUCACUGAGUGCUGUGACGUGGAGUGAAUGGGCGAACGAGGGAAAAGCUGUGGUUCAAAGUGCAGCAGCUUCUGUGAAUCUGGAAUUGAGUGUAAACUGUAUCAGAAAUUUGCACACAUCUGAUUUUGUAGAUUUAUUUUUUAGGCUGUAUCUAUUAUGCACACUAGUACCUAUUACUGAAUAUUAUGGUUCACCUUUUGCCACUUAGUGGCAGUCUUAAAGGAUUAAAAUUAACAAAGCAAUUCAUUUUG